GGUAUUGUGUUUCGGAAGGCGCUGUAAUUGUUGCUUACGCUGCAGCAAAGUAUGUGUGGUAAAUCAAAGUUUAUUAUGUUUUUAAAUAAGUACCGAUUAUUUAAGAAUGAUCAAAUAAGAAAGGUCAUAAAUAUUCAAGUCGACUUUAUAUCAUGAAGUAUAUCGUGUCAUUGAUUGAGGAAUGGAAUUCCGCAGGUACAGCAAUCACAAAACAUAUGUAGUAAAUUCUUCAAAUUAUCUUAAAACGGAUAGUUAUCCAAAGUAUGUCACUCCUGAAGUGUGACUGUUUUAUGCAGAAUAAAGUGGCUAGAAUUCGGUCAAGUAUUACUGGAUUUUGAAGUAUCAGUUUGUUUGUGUGAAGCUAGUCAGACUAUGUUUCGUUUGUUAGUUCCUUUCCGGUGCAAGUCACAAAAUGUACCGAAAGAAUUAAACUUACUGCAAAAACUAAGAUAUCCUUUAUAUCUUAGUUUAUCUUCUGGAAUUUUAUAUCAUAGUUUUAAGUCUCCAGAUAAGCAUACUUGCCCAACUUUAUUUGAAAAUAAAGACAAACAAAAAGAGAUCACUCAUCCUACUUUGGCAGAUUUGAUCCUUUUAUUCAGUGAUCAAGAUAAUCAGUCAUUCAAUAAAUUACCUAAUGAGGCGAAAAUGAACCGGCUAUUGAAAAUUAAUCAAGAUAUUGAAGAUGAGCUACCACUGUUCUUUGAAAAAACCCUUUUUAAUGAAUUACCGAAAAAUUUGCUAGAUUCUGACACUGUUGUUUAUUAUGAAAAAAGAAAUGGUUCCGUCUGCAGAUUGAGAGGUGAGUCCUGGAUUCGUACUUUAGUAGUGGCUAGUCGGGCCUAUUUUUCUAUGCGUUCAUAUGGUCGUCGACUAGAAUUGACUAGUAUUUUAUCUGAUACAGAAAGGUGGGAAGUCGAAGUUUGUUUUCGAAUCGUUCUGUUACCUUCACCAUCCAAAAGAGAAUCUCAUUUACCUUCAGAUAAAUUAUUAGAAAGAUUAGAACAACGAGCUCAGUGGCGUAAUUUUCGAGCUACUUUCUAUUUGUCUGAUUCCGGUAAAAUUAAUGCCAUAAAACUCACGCAGUUACUACCUCCGUUCAAGGAUUCAACUGCUUUAUAUCCUUUGAAUCAACUGACAAUUAAGAAAAUUCUUGCUCCCAGUCUAUCUGGUCGACGUCAUUUACCCACUCCUACUUCUCAUGGUUUUGGAGAAUUAUCAUUACAACGUAACGAUGACAUCAGUAACUAUGGUAAUCAUAAUGAUGGCGUUAUAUUUUGGACACUGGGUAAUGUUAAGUAUUGGUUCCACGUAGUUGAUAAGAUUGUCAAACCAUUUGAUAUAGUUAUUACUUCCCUUCCCGACGAUCAAGUUCACUCUGGUCUUGUGGGAAAAGAACAAACUGCUUGCAUUUGUCUGUCAAACGAUCAUCCGACGACAUGUGAUCAUACUACAAAUUAUAUACCACCUGUUCAAACACCUUGUCAAUCGUUUUCAUUGAACUCUAUUUUAUUAGAAUUCUAUAUGAAACAUUCUCCAUCAAUUAGGAAUAAUAGUCAGAUCACAACAGAUAAACAACGGAGUUUGAAAAUGUAUUCUACAUCCUGUGGUCCAUAUAUAUAUCCAGCUUUUUAUUCAUUAGACAAUUCAACUAAAUCAAACCACAUUCCUACCGUAGAACAAUUCAACUUAUCUAACUAUUUUGCUUCUUUCCCUUCACCUAGUGAUAUGUCCUCUGUAUUUUACUUAUACAAACUCUAUAUUUAAAUUUUCGACCAGUCCUAUUUUGUAUAUUACAUAUAUCUUCAGAAAAAGCGAAUAGUAUCUAAGAUCAUAUCAAAUCUACAAGUACAUAAACAUACGCUCAUGUAUGAGUUGAGUACAGUUUCUGCACAAUACUUUUUCCCAUAUACUAGAUUUCUCCUCUGUUUUAAGAAACAGAUAUUCAGAGUACUUUUCUAUAGGAAAAUAUACCAGUGAUUUUAUCUGCAGUUUGUCAACACACAGCUUUGUAAUAUUUACUUCUUUGGUCAUCUUUGUUGAGAUCGUAAUAGUCUGCUCAGUGGGGUUCAAAUGUUAAAGCUUUUUAUUAAUUACAUACUAUGUAUUUGAGACAUCGCAUAUUCAAGCCUAUUAAAUGUAUCACUUGAUAAGAUUGAAACAGCAUAAAGUUAAAGUUAACUCAACCUUUUUCUAUGUGACCGUACUUUAAAGUAUAUUAAUGCAGUUUACAACUGAUAUAACAAUACUUUUGUUGGAUAAUAUUUGGGACACAUCUGUUGACUUCAAAGCAGCUUGUAAAUCAGAGCACCGAUGUACUCUGUGUAAGUUAGUGUGAGAUUGUUUUGUCAUUAUGUAAAGUGCAAAAUAGUCUGUGCGUUCCCGAAAAUAAUGAAACAGUACUUAUAUAAACUCUUCAUCAGUUGUCGAUAGACUAAGCAUCUCAGUGCGUGUACAAUAAAAUUCACUUGGUGAAGUCUGUUGACCAACUCAUAUUAUGACUAAAAUUUCUAACACAGGAGAAUGUAUUUCUAGAGAUAUGAAUCCUAGUAGAUAGGUCUAACUUUCUGAACGAAAAACUUCAUAUUCCCACUGCUUCGAAUGUUUUCUGGUAUUAGGGUCACUGGUCGCUCACAUUGAGGAACAGACCAAAUUUUUCUUAGUUAAAAUUUCCUGACAUUUAGCCAUUGCAAUGGUUAUUCGUUGUUUGUAAUGAAUGGAAUUGACGGUUAUCUAGUAUCAGGGGAUACAUUCUAAUCUGUGUUUAUUAAUGCACAUACUUUGACAGUUUUUUAUUUCAAGUUACCUAUCUUUUGGAAUGUUAAUAGACAUUAGGUUUAGAGAGGUUACUUUGUUAAAUGAUAAUGUCUAUGCUUUGACUCUUAAUGGUUUAUAUUGUGUUUAUAUAAUCACUAGCCCUUUUUGUUAUCCAAAGUUAACCUAAGGACAGAAAUACGGCGGUCAAACCGUGCUAACGAGUUGAAAGCAGCAGCUACAUCUUGCAACUUCCAGCAUCCGUUUCAUUUCAUCCAAGCUACUAGCACUGAGAAGUCCGGUGUGAAGUUGAUGGGGCGCCGAUCAUUAAUAUUAAACGACAACUUAGAUGAUGGGCGCAGUUCUUCGAGGAACAUUUCAGCCUGUUUACUUCUCCGGCAACAUCCAUCAAACUGCACUGUCCUCCACGGCUCACGACAAUGGAUUCAUCUAACGAGACAGAAGUCGGCGGGGAACCCCAUCUUUGGAAGUGCCACAGGGUGCUAGGUCCAGAUGAACUGCCGACAGCUCAUUUUAAAGUCGGUGGAGAACUUCUGGUCAGAGAAACAACUGGGUUUGAAAAGAUGCGAGAAAGUGUCCCAACGUUCUGAAAUGAUGUGAUCAUCAUCCACAUCUUUAAGAUGAGGCUUCGCCACCUUUGUAACAGCUAUCGCGUGAUCACUUUGUUUUUAAUUUUGUCUAUACUAUUGAUUUCCGUCAUAAUUCGUGGAUUGCUCGAAACCCAUAAAAAGUUAACUCCCUAGCAACAGGCUUGAUCUCUUUUAGUAUAUCAAUGUAUUAUUCGUACCUUCACUCUCUGUCAAGUGCUAGAGUGCCGUUGCAUUUAUUACAUUCAUUGUUUCUUGAUAUCAAGGUCGUCUACGAUCUGUUGAACCGAACUGUUACCUGUUGUCUUUUGGAGAAAGCUAUGCUUUUGAAUUUUGUUAAAAUCUUGAAGGUUCUGCAUAAAAAACUUCAGUUAGGGUAAGAAAAUAGAAGCCCCACUGGAGCAAUGAGUUUGGAGACGAUUGUUUAAUCUCAUUACUCCAAUUCGAACGUCAUUCUGGAGAUAGCUCUUAUUUAAGUAGGUAGCAGUUGUGUGGAUCUGUCACCAGGUGAGACUUUUCGAUCUAAGGUGUGUGGAUGGGAUUGUCUCACUUUGUAGCGCUACUAAAGAUAUGGAGGUUACACCUAAUCAGCCCACAUACACUUUGCACGUAGAUGCAAAGAACUCAUGUAGGACCGACAUGAGAUAAGUAGGACUGAUGGUUCGCCAUAACUCCCCGGUUGAAUCCUUUAUGUGGUGUAGCUUAGUGGCUUAAGACACAAACAGACAUGAGUCAGUGAUUGUUAUUCUGUAGUUUUCCUCUACAUUUUUGGGUGACGCUAGAUACUCAUAAGUCACUUGAUAAACAUCCUACUUUCGUACUUUUAUUUUGGAAAUUUGAAUUUCUCGUUUUUGCACGAAAAGCACCCAUUUUUACUCCCAAUUUGUAUUUUCCUCUUAGAAGGACCCUAAAUUUUGUUUGUUCCUCUCCUCUUUUUAUACGCUAUUUCGUGACGUCUUUCAAGGGUAUAUUUUUGCUGUAUAUAUACUUAUGAGUUAGGUACUUGUUGGUUUGUGCUUCCGAUUGCUUGUGAAAUAUACAUUUCCCUCGGUUGAA